UGCUUUUAUCACUUACAACUCACAAUCUCGUGUUAGCCGCGGUAACAGUAACGGAUCCUUAUCGAAGAAAUUUAAAGUUGUUCCUAGAUUACGGAACCGAUUGUUUUCAAAAUGAAGCUGUUGAUUCUUUGCCUUUUGGUGUUUACCUCUGCGGGCUUCGUUUUCGGUGACGAAGAAGAAAUCAAGCCGAAUUUUAUCGAUUUGGAUGAGAACGAUGAUCAAGCCUACGAGGAUUCACCAGAAGACUUCGUCGAGGACGAAGGAGACGACCAGUAUAUGUUGGAUGAGGAAGACCUUGAUGAGGAAGAUGACAGUGAACCCAAAGAUCCUGCUGGCUUUAAGGACGAUGAAAACGACCCAAAUUCAACAAAACCUAGAGGAGGAAAACCCGUCCAAAUCGGUGAAAUAAAAAAACCAGGAAUUGAGGAAGCAAGCAGCGGCAUGCCGGAGCUGACAGACAAAAAGGAAAACCAGAAUACGAAAAGAAAGGAAGACGGGAAUCUGCAAGACGCUUUGGUGGAUAAGCUAGGAUUGAAUUUCGCAGGAGAGUCGGACGAUCCAGACUUCGUCACCAAGAAAUAAACUCCAAAUAAUCUAAACUACCAGUGAUGAUACCACUGGCGAGAGGCGUAACUUAAGCUUUUAUGGUGCACAUUUAUACGUUUUAUUUUGGGCAAACUUAAAGGGGAACAUUUUUGAUGAAAUAACUGAGUUUUUUUGUGGUUUAAUUUUAAUACAGUUUGGCUUUUAUCAGACAAACAUUUAUAUUCAUAUUUUUUUUUUCAUUUACUACAAAAAUUAACUUGUCAAUCGAUUUUCAAAUUUCAAACUUUAUUAAAGAGUAAUGCGCCUCUACGCAAA